AAAGUGUAACUUCGUACAAAUUGCUUUUAAGCAUGUAGUUUUAUAUUUUAACAAUAUAUCUUGAGAAGAUCAACCUCAAUGAAUCAAUUAUUGACGUGAAUUAAUUAUCGACAAAUUGAUACGCUUUCUGCCACGAAUGAAUUUGUUAUUGUUUUAAUUUUAGGUUGCAAAUUAAAAAUUUUCUCAAAGUGUUUAAAUUAUUUCAAUGACCAGCAAAUCAGUGAAAGAUAAUAACUCCGGUGUGUCUGUAGUUGAAUUGCAAGCAAUCGUUUUCUUCACUUGUUAGAACUAAUUGCGCACAAUAUAGGAAACGACCAAAAGGAAAAUAAUGUCACAUAAAUUUGAUGUUGUCGUUUUUGGGUCGUGUAUAGUAGAUUUUAUUAGUUAUGUUCCGCGUCUGCCGAGGGUAGGCGAAACGCUGCAUGGUUCUCGAUUCGUGACCGGAUUCGGUGGUAAAGGUGCCAACCAGUGUGUUGCAGCAGCUAGGCUAGGCAGUCGGACGGCAAUUGUCGGCAAAUUGGGGAACGAUCCAUGGGGCAAAAAUUAUCUAAAUGCUCUUCAAUCAGAAGGUGUCAACGUUGAUUGUGUAGAUAUUGUGGACGGUGAAAGUACGGGUAUUGCACAAAUUAAUGUAGCAGAAAAUGGGGACAACCAAAUAGUGAUUGUUGUUGGAGCGAACAACCGCUUACUGGCUGGUGACGCUGAUCAAUGUAAGGAUUUAUUCAACGAGGCAAGGGUUCUUGUUUGUCAGCUGGAAACUCCAUCGGUGGGAACUAUUGAAGCAUUAAAGCAUUUCUCUGGAGUGUCUAUUAUGAACGCGGCACCAGCGAUGGAAAAUAUUUCACAUGAUCUCUUAAAACUUCCGACUAUUUUUUGCGUUAAUGAAUCAGAGGCGGCUUUAAUUACCGACAUGCAGGUUGAAACUGUCAUGCAAGCUAAGGCAGCUCUAUUGAAGCUUCGCAGUAUGGGUUGUGGGAUUGUGAUCAUCACUUUGGGAGAGAAAGGCGCUAUCUUUCAAAUGAAAGACAGUUCUAAGAUAAAGCAUGUCCAACCACAUCACGUUGAUAAAGUAGUUGACACAACGGGUGCAGGAGAUGCUUUCAUCGGUGCUUUGGCCCAUUUUAUCGCUCGAAAUCCAUCAGCCGGAUUAACCGAGUGCAUUUCAGCGGCCAAUCGAGUGGCAGCAAUUUCGGUACAGAAAACGGGAACCCAAACAAGUUUUCCUCGAUUCAUUGAGACUGGUCUUCCUGAAGACGUGUCUUCGUAUAAGAGUGACUGGGAGUAUAUCUAAACACGCUCAGGAGAGAACAGGUUUCAUACUACUUUGAUUUUAUUACUAUACUGAAUAAAGUUUUAUUUGAUGUUACA